AAACCCAUAGCUGAUGUUAAAACUCGUGGUUCGCGUGGCGAAGCGCGUGAUUUUGUUUUAUUUUGAACUUUAAAACCGCAUGCUUUAUUUUAUUCUGACCAACACGUUAGUUGGUCAGGUAAAGAGCUAUUAAAUUGUUCUAUUACUUUUGUUAUUGGAAUGAAAAUGGUUGGAAAAAUAACAAAUCAAAAUCAAUCUUUAAUUGGCAACGAAGAUGCGUCUGGGACGAUGUCAGAGGAGAAGGCCGCCGAGAAAAUCCAGGCUUCCUUCAGAGGUUAUAAGACGAGGAAAUCCCUCAAGGACAACGGGGCUCUGCCUGGGAAAGGAGAUGCGAUAGCGAACAAUCCGAUCAAAGAGGUUGAAGAAAAAGCGAAAGAGUUGGUGGAGCAUGCAAGCGCAGAAACCGCAGCCAAGCUAAAUUCCGCGAAACAAACUUUGGAAGACGAAUUGGCAGAUAUUGAUUUAACCGACAAAGAUUUGGAAAAAGCGGCCACCAAAAUUCAGGCUUCCUACAGAAAUUUCACAGCCAAAAAGAAACAGCCCGAGCCCAAUUCGAAUUCCUCAGAGAAGCAGGCAGAGCCAGAGAAGAAGGAACCGAUAGUGAAUGGCAAGGGAGAAAAUCAAGAUGAGGAAAAUCUGGACGACAUAGAUCUGAAAGACCCCCAGGUCGAGAAAGCUGCGGUGAAAAUCCAGUCUACUUUCAGAGGCUACAAAACACGCAAAGCAGUGAAUGUGGACGGGAAGCCUUUAGAAAAUGGCGAAAAAGGCGAUGAUGAGGAUUAAGGAAUCUCUUGAAUUAUCUUCUAAAUCAAUUUAAAAAGUUGAUUCUUUCCGAAUAUUUUACAGAAGAAAUGCAAAGAAGAUGUGAAAUUACGUUUCUAGUAAUCCACUGUAUGUUCCAAUGUAUACAGUCUAUCUUUGCAUUUCAUACCUAAAAAUGGAUGAAGAAAAUCAAGAACUGGAAUCACUACUGAUAUAUUGUUCUUCAAAAUAAAAAAAGACUUAACACCAUUCCAUUCCCAAACUUUCAGUAUCAAAUUUUCAUUUACUAAUUAACCUUUCAUUCAGUAGCCAUUAUUUAUCGAAGUGUAAUGUGUGUAUAAUUUAUCCUUCAAUCACAUAGAUAAAUUUUGUAAGAAAAAACAUUUAACGAAUACCAAACUAUUCUGUAGCUAACUUUGCACUUAUAAAAUAUUUGUUGGAGUCUUGCAGUAAAUUUCCAUAGAGUAUGUGCAUGUCAUUGACAUAAUUUAUAGCGAAUUUUAUUUUCUUAUUUGAAUGCAAAAAAUAAUUAUUUCACUUUUAACAGUUCUUCUUUAUUGCGAAAUAAAAAAGAAAUGUUUAAUUCUGAUGACAGUGAAAACGAUUUUUUUAUGUAUUGAAAUCUUUUGCUUCCUUUCAUAAAGAAUUCUUUAAAAGAAUUUGGCACUAAUAAAUAAUCAGUUUUUAUGUUGUUCUUCUAUUAGAAUCAAAAUUUUAUAAAGUAAGUUGUUUUUAUUUUCCACAGAGUGUUUUUUUUUGUUUGCUUUUCUUAAAUAUUAGGAUUAAUUUUUAAAUACCAUACAUUUCCUUGCAGAAUUGAUAAAUAAGAUUUUUUUUAAUUCAUUAUUAAUGAAGAAUACGUUAUUAAUUUGUGUAAUGUAGCCCAUUUUCUUUGUAUUCUUUAAUGUAAUUAAUUUUAUUUUAUAUUUUGUUUAAUGCCAGAAUAUUUUUGAUCGAAUUUAAGAAUGCUUAAUUCUCAUGACAAAAAAUAUAUCAAAUUAAAGACAAUAAAAAUGUAGAACCUUUCUUAAUUUGCAAAUAAAAGAAAAAAGUCUUUAAAAAUUGGAAAUGCUUCGCUGUUGUGAGAAAUUCUUAAUAUAUUGUGAUGCCAUUUACCUUUCUGAUAAUAAUUCUUGAAGUAAUUUGCUAUAAAAAAAUCAGCUUUCAGAAUAUAUAUUUCCAAUUUUAAAAUAGAUUAGAUUCUAUAUUAAUUUUAAAAUGUUUUGAACAUUUGUAAUUUUAUAACCUUUUCUAAAAGCAAUAUUCUAAAGUCAUUUUGCCCAAUUUGAAAAGUGAUAAACUUCCAAAGCAGAUUGAUUAAAUAGACAUAUUACUAUCAAAAUGUUUGUUAUUUAAAGAAUAAUUAUGUUACGUUUACUAGAAAAAAAGUGUUAUACUCUAAAAUUGUUCUUGCUAUACGAACAUUAUAUAAUUCAUAUUCUAACUUGGCGUUUCACUGUAGAAUAUAUUACUGUAGAAAAGUGUAAUAACGUUUAUUUCUAUCUAAAAACUCAAGGGCAUUGUAUAUUUUUUCUUUUAUACAGUUUGUUAAUUUUAUUAUGUUUUUUUUGCAUUGUAUUUAUUAUUAUUUUUUCUAAUAAAAAGAGACUUUUGAAUGUUCUUCAACAAAACAUUUUAAGAAAAAAAUUUCAUAAAAUUUUUUGUGCUAUUUUAUUUGUUACUUAAAUGUUACCAUGUCUUUUUAUAAUUAUCUGAGCUUGCUAUUGUUAAACAUUUUAUUUGUGCAAUAUUUUAUACACAUAUUUUCCAACUAAUGAAUCUCCUUAUAAAGAAAGUUACUACAUUCAAAAUUGCUACUCUUUAAAAUCUACUCAUUGAAAAUUUCUACUCUAAUUUGAAUGUCCUACAUCUGUAUUUUCGGAUUAUUGCUUUGUUUUAUCACAAAUAAGGUUAAUCCAUUUCUCCCAGAUCCUCAUUUGGCAAAUUGCCAAGAAUUUAUUUUGUAGUUUAAGAAAGUCAUACAUGAAAAAGUAAAUUGCAUUUAUAUGGAAGGCAAGAGUCGUUUCAGUUGUCUAUAAUGCCGGGUUUACACUCUGUCAGUUAUAAGGCGACCAAUAGGCAGCGCAUGCGUAGGAAGGCUGAAAAAUGCGUUGAUGGCAAGUAAUUGUACCGACGGGACAAUAACAUGCUGCUGUAUUGUAUUUUUUUUUUUCUCACACCGCAUGCGUUUGUAAAAUUUGGCGGGGUUUUUUGCGUGAAAAAUUGAUUUCUUAUAGAUUAAUUCCGACAUUUUUUGCUCUUUGUUCUUUCUGAUGCGAGUUUGUUUUUUUCCUUCAUUUUAUUUGCCAUUUCUUUUCUAUAUUUUUCCAAAUUUAGGCAUGUUGACCGUUUUUUUUUAUUAUUAUUUUUUAUUUUACCCUCUUUCUUUGUGUAAAUAUUAAUCCUUUUAAUACGAUUCGCAGUGAAAAAGAAAAAUUCAAGGAAGCCAAAACGGAAUUUAUUGCCAAGCAUGGAAUACCUGAAUUCAUCUUAUGAAAUUAUGGCAAACAUAAAUCAGUUUUUUUCUGCGCAUGCGCUGCCUACUGGCUGUCUUAUAAAUGGCCGAGUAUGAAGCCGGCAUACUGUUAAAGACGGAGAAUACAAAAACAAAAACCCCUUCGUUGACGACAAUACCCGAAAUGAAAUUUUGCUUUCUGAAAAGUAGAUAGCAUUAUUUUUAAGAGGAGAAAACUCUUUCGCCCAGGAACAAAAUUAUGAGGUUUCUCAUCUUUGUCCGUCUUUUACAUAUCGUCCACUGCAUAAAAAUUAUGAGAAUCAAGAUUAACUAAUGAGAUUGUAUUCACUUAGUCAUAAUAAAUGUUAGGAAUCAUUUUUGUAUCAUAAUCUUAAAUUAUUUUAUGGUAAAAAAAAAUCUUUUUAAACCCUUUUUAAUUUAAUAUUUUUUUUUCAAAAACAUCAAUGUAGUUCUCUUUCUUGUCAACGCAAUUCUUUUGCUACAAAAAUAAAAUUUAAUUUAUUGAAAAAAUUAUAAUUUCUUUAAAAUUAUUUCUUUAAUUAAAAUAUAAGAAUUACAGUAUAUUCUACCUUAAUAAGUAAAUUGUUGUUAAUAUCCAUUCCCAUAUCUAAAAUAUUUGCAAAAUAUAAAAGUAUAUAAAGCAUUAUUAGUGCAUAGUGUUGAAAAUCCAAAUAAAACAGUAUAAAAUCUGAUUAAAAGAAACUAGCUAAAUGAUAGUUGAAAAAAGGAAUUCUUCUACAAUAAAGAGAGACAUUUUUAUUUAUUAAUUCAGUGUCCUCAACUUUAAAAUUCGAAUCGAACAAAUGCAGUAAGCCAUAUUAGUAUUUUCUUUGAUAGGCAAUAAAGUUUCAAUUUAAGAUUUUCUUAUCAGUCUUCAGAUCAAUUUCCACUUAUUUUCUUAAAUUUUUACAGACCAAAUUCAUGUUUUUCGAAAUGAAAAUGACAAAAUUAUUUUUUUUCUAAUGCCUUAUAUCUCUACAAAUUUAUUUCAAAAAUCCAAAAUAAUGCUGGUAGUAUAAAAUCGCAGUAAUUGGAAAUUACCGAACUAUACGAAAUACUUUAAAAGUUUGAAAUCAAUGUAUUAAUCUGUCACUUAAUUUUAUUUUUUUAUGAUUUAUUCAUCAGCAUUACUGAUAAAAGCAGACGGGUAAAAGAACAAAUCAUUUCAAGCUCUUGAACAGGAAGUAUUUUAUUUAUUAACAUGACUUUUUCAAGCAAUAUAGAACUUUUUUGUCUAAAAUAUCCGGUUUCAUACAAUAAUAUGUGUCUAUACAGAUAUGAAAAUUUUAAUUUUAGAUCCAUUUCCUUAAUUUUUCAAAAACUUGGGUAAGAUAAAAAUCAUUUGUAAAAUAAAAAAAAUGUCAUAAACAUAAAAUUCGUUGGCAAUGUUGUAUUAUCUGAAAUAAAAUAAAGUUUAAAUAUUGAAUUCAUUUCCAAAGAUACCAUGUUUAAAUAUUUUUUUAACAUAAAUUCGAUAAGAAACUAGCUUAACAACUGUUUUUUCUAAACUUCAAUUAAAUACCGCUUUAAAUAGUUAAAUAUUCUUUUCGCGUUUUUCUUUUUUUCCCUUUCCAUUUACAUAAAAGAAAGGUUUGGCUUUAAAACCCAAUCUACAUUAAAUUUAACUUAUACUUUUCUCCUUUUGUUAAGUGUCGAACACAAGUAGGUACGGUAAUAUCUUUAGCGAACAAAACUUACAUCAUUUAUCUCUCGGAUUUGGCAACAGUUCAACUGUAAUUGUUUAGACACAGAAACCCUUGGGAGACUUUUUGGAAAAGCCAGUGUACAAUAUAAUAAUGGAUAUCUGGAUUUCUUCACGAUUAUUGCCUACAUUCUAGUCUUCCGGAUAAUUUAUACAGUGAGAAAAGUUCUUCUGCCGUUAACAUCUAACUUUGACUGGAGCAAAAUUUUUCCCCAGAGUAAAGCUGGACUGGCGCCCUUAAAUGUUCUUUAUUUCCUCCGAGGUUCAGAGGAAAUGAAUGAAUGAUGCUUUGAAGGACAAUUUAUUGCCAUGUAGUUGUUUCAGAGAUGAUAAUUAUCCGGUUUCGAACGAAGGGAAAAAUGAAAACCGAUGGUCGUAAGCAUGUACUGAAAAAAAGUGACAACAGUUUUUUUUUAAUGGAAGCAAAUCAAUAAUUAUGGAAUAUUUUAUACGAUUUAUAUUAACAUGUUUUUAAUAAAUAGUAGCAUCUAAAAUUUUAACUCGGAUUAAUAAUUUUAAACAACUGUGCGUGAAAUUAAUUUUAUGUGUUAAUUUAAAGUUUCAGCCAAAUUUCAGCCGAGUAAAUCAAUAAUAAUUACAAACAGUAAACAAAAAUGAUUAUAACGAAAAAAUAAUGUACUGAAAUAGUAGUCAAAAUUAAUAUUAGCAAAGAAAAAAAUAGUUGAUCAGUCUCGGAAUUAUUUCAAGAUUUUUGGGGGUUUUUUUUGGCAAAAUUUAAAAUACUAAAAGAUUAGAAAAAGGAAUUUUUAUGCGGCACUAAAAGUUUGUGAAGAAAAAAAAUUGAUUUCAAAAAUCAUUUUGCAUUUGGUUUUAGAUUUCGAAAAUUAGCUUAAAUUUCGAUUUUAAUAAUAUUCACACACAUAUUCUUUGUUUCAGUACAUCAGAAUGUUAUCAUUAUAUUGAAAAAAAUAAUAGUUACCUUGUAUAUUAUCUCUUAAAAAUUGUUUCAAUUUGAGGAAAUUUAUUAUUUCUCAAAAGUAACUACUUUAUGCUUAUAGACAAAAUUGCUAUUUUCCUUUCUUUUUAAAAAGUACCUUUCUUUGUUUGGAGAUUCACUGAAUUAGUGAGAAAUUUGGACUAAAAUAUUCAAGGUUUGUGACAAAAAGAAACAUCAUGCCCAGAUGAAAUUUUUCAGAAAAAUUUCGAAUAAAUGUUUCACUUUGAAUAACUACAAA